AUGGCUGACUGGACACAUGUAUUCAAGGCUGUUUUGGAUGAGCACAAGAUUUCCUAUGUUUCAGCUAAAGGAAACCCUGCUGAGAGGGCAAAAAUCCUCAAAAGCAUCAAAGAUGCCAUACUUGAAAGUGACCAGGCCAAGGAUGCUUCGACUAUGCUUCCAGGCAAUAACAUUCAGAAGGCUAUCCGUACAUAUUACUUGCGUUUUCUGGAGGAUGACGAGGACCGCGAUCUUGAGCAAAAAAUCAUCGAGGGAGCUCAUAAACUCACAUCUGGUGCAGGCAUCAUCACUGUAGAUAUGGUCAAAGGCUGUCAGGAUGACAAGCCUCUGGAUGCUGCAGCAUUCAAGACCGAAUUCUCUCCUUUUGAUGUCGCACAGAAGUUGUUCAAAGAAGAAAUUGGGGAGUAUGACAAGAAGCACCGUGACACCUCUGACCUAAGGUCCAUGGGGACAAGGACAAAGCUGGUCCGGUCCUGGUACAAUGCCCUGUCACCAGAUGUACAUGAGGAGCUCAGACUUGUGGCAGAAAAGUGGAACCAGGAAGGUGCUCUUUCUGACGCCAAGGACAGAUACCGCAGCCGACACCAGAAGAAAAUCAUGGAGGACUUCAUAAAGAUGGCAGGAAGAACCAUGGGUUUACAUGUUGGGAAAAUGCCUGGAACAACCAUUUGGGAAUCCUGUCCCAGGAAGGCGAAGAAAACUUUUACUCUGGCUACCAAAGACAACAAGAAAUGGGCUGGAGAGUCCCAAGACCGACUUGCUGACUGGCUGAAUGAAGCCGAGUAUAGCUUAGACGCUGAGGACCAAUCUGACAAGGAAGAUGAGAAGUUGCCCGAUUUAACAGUGGAGGUAGACGAUGAGGGCUAUCCUUGCCUACCGACAGGCUUUGAAUCUCUCAUGCUCAAGAACCAGCAGAAGGUCUGGUCAUCUCAAACAACCCUAGGGCUGCAGUCCCCUGGGGUCAUAUUACCCAAGAUCCAGACCAUUACCUUGACAUGGACUGAAGCCAUCAGUAUGAUUUUUUCACUUUGGAAAUAUCGUGCUAACCAUAAUGAACCAAUUGUCCGGUUCGUUGGGUAUAAGGAAGGCGACUUCUAUGAUUCACUGGCUAAGAAGGGGGAUGUAAGUAAAAAAUCAAGGAAGAACCCAAAAUAUGUCGAAGUAUCAUCAGAUGAGGACGAGGUACUGAAGAAGGCCCCCCAAGCCAAUGGUUCUUCUGACGAAGAGGAUGACUUGGAAAGCCACACCCCAUCUCUUUCCGAUUCCUGCCCGAAAUUCCAUAUGGGUGGUGACACAGUCGGUUAUCUUCAAUCCCUCUCUACCCUCCCAACAUAUUCUCGUCUGUUGGCCACAGUUCAAAAACUCUCCAAGACACAAACUCCUGAUCCUAAGGGCAAGGCUAGGAAGCAACAUCUGCCUGUCUGGGCAUCUUGGAUGUGGUCUGAGGCAUAUCUACCUCAAAAUAUGCACGGUGAUAUUCAGGCUUCCUCUGUCGCUUUGGAGGAACUAGGCAACUAUGUCAUCAAAUCUCGUGGUUUGGGUAUGAUUGUUGUCCUGGGCCUUGGACUCCUCAUUCGUGAGUGUUGCCGCGCUCAGGAGUAUGAAGCAGAUGAGGCUGGAGAUGAUGUGCCUCAAUAUUUGGGCGACUCCAUCCUUGGCUUCGAGGUGGGGGACAAGGUUGAAGAGGCCAUUAUCAGAAUCCAGGUGAAGGUGGACACAAUGCUGCCAGAUGGUAAUGAGAAGCAGAUGACAGUGGGGGAAGAAGUUCACAUAAGGCAUCUGGAGAACAAAAGGCAGGUGAAAGAGAGGAGGGAGGCAGAGCAGGCAAAGGUGGCUGAGGAAAAGAGGGUGGCUGAGGAGAAGAGGGUUGCUGAGGCAUCUCAGAUGACUGAUCAGAGGGCUGCCACAUCAAAGAAGGCAAGCAGUACUAACACUGGAGGAAAAGGGAAGGGUAAAUGCCCAGCAACAGAUGUGGAUGAUUCAGUCAUGAAAAAGGUGAAGACAUCUGCUCCUCCUGAUCCUCCUCGUUGCUCUACCAGAGACAGAGCAGCUUCAAAGAAGUUUAAGAACUGA